AUGAGUGCGAGUAACGGAGUGAAAAAGUCAAUACGGGCUCCCAACCCUGCGAUCGAGGAUAGUAUAUUCAAACAACUCAGACUAGAUGGGCGAGCAGUCAUCAUCACCGGUGGCGCAGGCGGCAUUGGCUAUGAGAUUGCCAGGGGUCUAGCUGAGGCGGGCGCUAACAUCUCGUUGUGGUAUCACACCUCUCAAGUGGCAGACAAGCUCGCGGCCAAAGUUACAGAAGACUUUGGAGUUAAGGCAAAGGCCUACAAAGUUGAUGUCACCAACUAUAGUGCAGUAGAGGAGGCAGUGAGCCAAACUGUUCGGGAUUUUGGCCGUCUGGAUGUCAUGAUUGCUAAUGCGGGCGUUCCAUCCAAGGCGGGUGGUCUUGAUGACAGAAUUGAAGACUGGAAUCGUGUCCGUGCCGUGGACUUCGACGGAGUCUAUUACUCCGUGCGCGCCGCGGGGUUGGUAUUUCGUGAGCAGAAGAGUGGCGUUGCUAUUAUCACAGCCUCCAUGAGUGGCCACGCAGCAAAUGUGCCACAAGAACAGAGCUGCUACAACGCCGCUAAAGCUGGAUGUAUUCAUCUCGCAAAGUCGCUCUCAGUUGAGUGGGCUAAAUGGGGAGGUCGGAUCAACUCGGUAUCUCCAGGUUAUAUUGACACAGCUAUUUCGGGCGACUGCCCAUUUGAGAUGAAGGAAGAGUGGUUUAACCUUACGCCUUUGAGGCGUGACGCUGACCCGAGAGAGCUUAAGGGGAUAUACCUUUACCUUGCUAGUAACGCUAGCUCAUACACCACAGGCGCUGAUUUCGCCAUCGACGGUGGAUAUACUGCUAGGUAA